AUGGAGUCGUGCCAGUUAGCGCGGGAGAGCUCUAGUAGCGGUAGGGUGGAGGCGGAGGAGGAGGCCUUCUUCGACACGCGCCAGGACCUGCUGCCGUCGCCGGCGCCCAGCCCGGCACCGGCAUUGCCGUGGUCGUCCGGCGGCCUCGAUGGCCUCGACAGCGUGCGGGACAGGAAGGAGCGCUUCUUCAGAAGCAUGGGCCUCGAGUGCGGCCCGAGCCCCAGGCAGGCGGUGGAUCCCGCUUGCGCCGCCGGCGAGGUGGAGAAGCAGCAGGAGGAGGCUGUGCCGGAGACCGGGAGGCUGUCGUCGCACUCGGAGGACAACGACUGCUCCAUGUCCAGUUGGUCCACGGAGGAGACCACGAGCUAUGACGAGGGCGGCGCGUCCGACGACAAUUCCGUCGGUGGAUCCAGCAAGGACGAUGGCAGCAGCAAGGUCAGCCGGAGCUCCAGUUCGUUCUCGUUUAUCAGAAGGCUUAUGAGCCGAAAUGGCAAGCCUUCCGGCGCUCCGAGGACAGUUGAGAGGAGGAGAAGCGGAUGGCUGGAGAGGCUGGGCGUGGCCGUUUGUGCGGUGGAUAAUGCGGCGGAUGAGCCUAGCACCAGCUCCUCUGACAGCGAGCAGAUUCAUGGUGGAAGGUAUGAGAGGGUCAAGGUCCGAUCGUACCGGAAGCGGUCCAAGGAAUUGUCUGCCCUGUACCAAGGCCAAGUGAUCAAGGGACAUGAUGGUGCCAUCCUGACGAUGAAAUUCAGUCCUGAUGGGCAGUUCCUAGCAAGCGGCGGCGAAGACGGAGUUGUCCGGGUUUGGGGUGUUUUGCAGUCUGAUGACUGCAAAAUUCCUCUGGAUGACCCCUCUUGCGUCUACCUCAAGGCGCGGCGCAAGAACGGGUUGGCGCCGGUGAGUGUCGACAGCGAGAAGCUGCGCAAAUCCAAGAGUAUGGGCAUGAAGAAGACUGGAGACUCUGCCUGCAUUGUGAUUCCAACAAUGGUUUUCCAAAUUUCAGAGGAACCAUUGCAUGAGUUCUAUGGGCAUUCUGCUGAUGUAUUGGAUCUGUCCUGGUCAAACAAGCAGCAUCUAUUAUCGGCUUCAACAGACAAAACUGUCCGCCUGUGGGAAAUUGGAUCUGCAAACUGCAUCAGAGUUUUCCCGCAUAGCAACUUUGUGACUUGUGUCCAAUUUAAUCCGACAGACGACAAUUGCUUCAUCACUGGAUCCAUUGACGGCAAAGUUCGUGUAUGGAACAUAACUAGAUGCAGCGUUGUCGACUGGGCAGAUGUUAGAGACAUAGUUACAGCGGUCUGUUACCGACCUGAUGGAAAGGGUGUAGUGGUUGGAACGAUUACUGGAAAUUGUCGCUUUUACGACGCAUCGGACGGCCUGCUGCGGUUGGAAAAUCAGAUUGCACUCAGCGGCAAGAAAUCCUCUUUGAAGAGAAUCACAAGUUUUCAGUUCUGUCCAAACAACCCAAGUAAACUAAUGGUAACAUCUGCCGACUCCAAGAUCAGGAUGUUGGAUGGAACCAAUGUGAUUCAGAAUUACAGUGGACUCCGAAGUGGUUCAUGCCAGAUGUCAGCAUCCUUCACACCAGACGGGGAGCACAUAGUUUCUGCCAGUGAAGACUCCAACAUUUAUGUCUGGAACCGUGACAACCAAGAUGAUUCUGUGUGGCGACAAGCGAAAACCACAUAUUCCUCUGAGCGCUUCCUAUCCAACAACGCAGCCAUCGCGAUACCAUGGCACGGCACAAAACCAAGGAGCCAUGUUUCCUUGGCCUCUCAUAUCCAAUUCAAGUACAGUUCCAGCAAAAGUUUUCCUUCAAGACCCUCUGCUCCUGGCAUUUUCAACCUCAACCAGGAGUUGUUCGCCGAGCCGUCGUGCAAAGGCGCCUCGGCAACUUGGCCGGAGGAAAUGCUGCCGUCCGGCUCGAUCGGCGCAAGCCUGGACGAGACGCAGCACAAGCUUCUGAGGAACUGCUCCCAGAGCACGGCGAACUCCUGGGGCCGGGUGAUCGUCACCGCGGGAUGGGACGGCCGGAUCAGGUCGUUCCAGAAUUACGGCCUGCCGGUGCAACGGUGA